AUGGGAACCGACUACCACCGAUUCAUCAGGGAACUGAAUGUGCUGUACCUAGACAAUGGCCUGGACCUCAUCACAGCCCCUGACGCAAGUCUCUCUACCUCCCCUAUCACACCCGGGACUUCCACAAGGUCGACUGCUAGGUCGAUAUCAACUCAGACGUCAGCUCCACUAAAGACCCAGGCUGCACAAACAGCAGCAUCUUCCAUUCCAGCCCCAAAAGCUACCUCCAUCACCAUCUCAACAGAAGCGCUCGCAGACGUGCUCUCUCCGACCACAACCACCACCGACGUUACCGAACCAGCUUCCAUCACAACUCGUCGACUUCAGAGCCAGCCUCAACCUCAGGCCAUGAGACCAAAAAAAGCGACGUCCCCAAAACCCCCAACAACGAACUACGCCACGGACGACAACACAGCCAUGUCAACUAGCAGCAAGACUCGGACUAAGAAAACACGGAAGACCUAG